AUGUGCUACGUAGGAAAAGCAACAAAGAUCUUCAUCUUCAUCGUUACUGUGCUGGUUGUUACGGGUUUGGUAUUGGGAUUUGGAAUCAUACACCGUCACCACAAUCACAACAACAAUGCAAAAUGCUCUGAUGACUCUUGCGGUUCUUUUCCAACGCCCAAUUUCAACAUUCCAAAUUCCCCUUUUACCCCUCCUAACAAUGACAACCCCAUUUCUCCGCCUGCUCCUCCCGCAGAUUCUCCGCCGGUAGUAACAAGUCCGCCCCCUCCUGACGCCAACACCAACCCAUCUUUGCCGCCUCCUUCGCCAUUGAUUCAGUCUCCGCCUCCUCCGCCAUUGAUUCAGUCUCCGCCGCCUCCUCCUCCUCAGAGUGUGGCGGAACCGCCGAUGAGUAGUACACCUACUACGCCUGGUUCGGCGUUAGUGACUCCAGGUCCUGUACAUGCUAUUUUCUAG